GGAAAGAAAGACGAGAGGAGGACAGAAGAAAACAAGAGAAAAGCAGAGCAGAUAUGUGGAUAUAAUUCCAGACGACAGAGAUCAGACUGAGGGGAGAGAGGAAAAGGAAGAAAAAAACAAACCGUUUCAGCUGAGACAUGGAUGCUGUGAAACUGAUGAAAGAACUACGGAUAAAUUAUGAUCAAGAGGUUUAUUAUCUCCCUAAAGAGACGGGGCUGAGCCUCAUCGAAUCCACACUGCCGGGUGACAGUCGGAUCUCGGCUAAAUGCAGAGAUGCCAAAGUGGAGGAUCUAUUGAGUCUUACCAGCUUCUUUGGUUACAGCACGCAGACUUUUGUCCUGGCUGUUAACCUGCUGGACAGAUUCCUGGCCAUGAUGAGGAUCCAGCCCAAACACCUAUCGUGUGUGAGCCUCAGCUGCCUUCACAUGGCGGCCAAAGUGACGGAAGAGGAGUGCAACCUGACGCCCACCGACGAACUCAUCCGCAUCGGACAGUGCAGGUUCACCGUGUCUGACCUCUGCCGCAUGGAGAAGAUCGUUGCAGAGAAACUCAACUUCAAGUCCAAAGCCAUUACUGCCUUAACGUUUCUUCACUUAUACCAUCGGAUCACACUUUCCCACUGCACUGAAAGCAACGGGACUCUGAGCCUGGAAAAGCUGGAGGCUCAGCUCAAAGCCUGCCUGUGCCGCAUCUCCUUCUCCAAAGCAAAGCCGUCUGUCCUGGCCUUGUCUCUCCUGAGACAAGAGAUUGGAGCCCUACGAUCAAAGGACAUGGUGGAAAUAACCUACCACAUCCAAAGACACCUGAAAAUUGUGGACAGCGAGCUGUUGUUUUGGAGUGAGCACGUGGCUCAGUGUCUGCUGGACUACGAGUCCCCUGAGUGCAGCAAACCCAACCACAGGAAACUGCAGUGGAUCGUGUCACGGCGGACUGCCCUGAACCUGCAGAGCCACCGCAGUUUCCCUGAGCUGCCCACCAUCCCUGAAGACCGCUGGGAUGAGAGCGAGAGUGAGGACUGGUGUGAAGACGCCAUGAGCUUGGGGGACGAGUCUUUCAGCAGUUCUCUGGGCAGCGACGGCGAAGGACCUUUCUUUCCUCUCCACCUCCAUCAACAAACGCCACAAUACCUCCACACCUGAAUCUUCUGCUGCUGUGUGCCUUCUCGUGCCAUCUCCCUCAACCUCCCCACACCGUCUCCAGCGCAUCGCGUCGUAAGCUAAGACGGUCGCGGAGAACCACAAACUGGCAGCUGAGCCGUCCCCGCUGGUGGAUUUGACAGGUUUUUAGUUUCACGUAGAGAUGGACAUUCCACGACGCAAGGUUUAUGAAAAUAAGUAACCUCCUUUUCUGAAUCACAAAGUGUUUACUCAUUAGGGUUUUGUUAAUCUUGGACGAGUUAUCAAGGAGGAGGCGGAAGCUAAAAGCAGCAGCAGCAGCAGCAACAUGUAUUUUUGAUCUAAUAAUGAAGAUGCAAGCAUGAUUAAUGAUGCAAGAACGGUGCUGUGCACAGGUCAGCCCGGUCUCGGGUGUGUCUGCUGCGCUUAGUCUUUUUUUUUUCUCCUUUAAGUCCUAACAAACGGUGAAUUAGCUAUUGUUUGGCAAAGAGGCCUGAAAUGUACAAGGUGCCAUCUUUUAUUUAUUGCUAGAACUGUGCUAUGCUCUGUGUCUGCUUCUGUCUCCCGUUGAAGUUGUUUUUCCCCUUUAGAGUGAAACGGUGUUGACGUCGCUCGGUGGUGAGGGUGUAUUUAUGUUUGCGUGUGCACGUAUGACUGUAGUUUUAAUGCUUUGUUGUAGCUUAACAGGAACUGUUCUGAGAAAAUAAUGUUGCUGUGUUUAAAAAAAAAAAUGUUAAAAAUGUUAAUAGAAAAACAUGUAAAACUGUAAAUGAUGUACAAAAAAAACAAUAGUUUGUGU